GAACAUCAUUGUCUCAGAAUAAAGAUCCUGGGGGACUGCUACUAUUGUGUGUCAGGGCUUCCAGAACCUCGUCAGGACCAUGCACACUGCUGUGUUGAGAUGGGGCUCAGCAUGAUCAAAACUAUCAGAUACGUUAGGUCAAGAACGAAGCAUGACAUUGACAUGAGAAUAGGGAUACAUUCGGGAUCGGUUCUGUGUGGAGUGCUGGGCCUGCGAAAGUGGCAGUUUGAUGUCUGGUCAUGGGACGUGGAUAUUGCAAACAAACUCGAGUCAGGUGGAAUUCCCGGGAGAAUUCACAUCUCCAAAGCCACUCUGGACUGCCUGAAUGGGGACUAUAAAGUUGAAGAAGGGCAUGGCAAGGAGCGUAAUGAAUUCUUGAGGAAACAUAACAUUGAGACUUAUUUAAUUAAACAACCUGAGGAGAGUCUGUUGACUUUGCCUGAAGAUAUUGUGAAAGAGGCUGUCAGUUCCUCCGACAGGAGAAACAGUGGAGCAACAUUUACCGAAGGAUCCUGGAGCCCUGAACUUCCAUUUGAUAACAUAGUGGGAAAACAGAACACUCUGGCUGCCCUAACAAGAAAUUCAAUAAAUCUGCUUCCAAACCAUCUUGCACAAGCUUUGCAUGUCCAGUCUGGGCCUGAGGAAAUUAACAAGCGAAUAGAGCACACCAUCGACUUACGGAGUGGCGAUAAAUUGAGAAGAGAGCAUAUCAAGCCUUUUUCACUGAUGUUUAAAGACUCCAGCCUGGAGCAUAAGUAUUCUCAAAUGCGGGAUGAAGUAUUCAAAUCAAACUUGGUGUGCGCAUUUAUUGUUCUUGUAUUUAUCACGGCUAUCCAAAGCUUACUUCCUUCUUCCAGGGUGAUACCAAUGGUCAUUCAGUUUUCUAUUCUGAUUAUGCUGCACUCCGCUCUUGUACUAAUCACUACAGCAGAGGAUUACAAAUGUUUACCCUUAAUGCUUCGGAAAACUUGCUGCUGGAUUAAUGAGACCUACCUGGCCAGGAAUGUCAUUAUAUUUGCAUCCAUUCUGAUUAAUUUUCUUGGAGCCAUCAUCAAUAUUCUAUGGUGUGAUUUUGACAAACCAGUAGCGCUGAAGAACCAGACAUUCAAUUCAUCUGCAUCUUUUACGGACAUCUGUUCCUAUCCUGAGUAUUUUGUCUUCACUGGUGUGCUGGCAAUGGUGACUUGUGCAGUCUUUCUUCGCCUCAACUCUGUCCUGAAGCUGGCAGUACUUCUCAUCAUGAUUGCGAUCUAUUCUCUGCUGACUGAGACCAUUUAUGCUUCCCUUUUUCUGCAAUAUGACAACUUUAACCACAAUGGAGACACAGACUUCCUGGGUACAAAGGAGGCAUCUUUACUACUGAUGGCAAUGUUCCUUUUAGCCGUAUUUUAUCAUGGUCAGCAGCUUGAAUACACAGCAAGGCUGGAUUUUCUGUGGCGUGUUCAAGCAAAAGAAGAAAUCAAUGAAAUGAAGGAGUUAAGGGAGCACAAUGAAAAUAUGCUACGGAAUAUUUUACCCAGUCAUGUUGCCCGUCACUUUCUGGAGAAGGAUCGGGAUAAUGAAGAAUUAUACUCUCAGUCCUAUGAUGCUGUUGGUGUGAUGUUUGCUUCUAUUCCUGGAUUUGCUGACUUUUAUUCUCAGACCGAGAUGAAUAACCAAGGAGUAGAGUGUCUGCGCUUGCUGAAUGAAAUCAUUGCAGACUUUGAUGAGUUACUAGGUGAAGAGAGAUUUCAAGACAUUGAAAAAAUUAAAACAAUUGGCAGCACAUACAUGGCCGUGUCAGGAUUAUCACCCGAAAAACAGCAAUGUGAAGACAAAUGGGGGCAUUUGUGUGCUCUGGCCGACUUCUCCAUAGCUCUGAAUGAAAGCAUACAGGAGAUCAACAAGCAUUCAUUUAACAACUUUGAACUCCGUAUUGGGAUUAGCCAUGGCUCUGUUGUAGCAGGAGUUAUCGGUGCUAAGAAACCCCAAUAUGAUAUCUGGGGCAAAACAGUUAAUUUAGCAAGUCGAAUGGACAGCACAGGUGUUAGUGACAGAAUACAAGUGCCUGAAGAAACAUAUCUGAUCCUGAAGGACCGAGGAUUUGCCUUCGACUAUCGAGGAGAGAUUUAUGUCAAAGGUAUCAGUGAACAGGAAGGAAAAAUCAAAACAUAUUUUCUUCUAGGAAGAGUGCAACCAAAUCCUUUAAUCUUACAACCAAGAAAACUGACUGGACAGUAUUCAUUAGCAGCUGUUGUAUUAGGACUUGUACAGUCUCUUAACAGGCAAAAACAGAAGCAAAUCCUUAAUGAGAACAAUAACUCUGGAAUAAUAAAAGGACAUUACAACCGGAGGACUUUGCUCACUCCUGGUGGAUCUGAGGCAGCAGCCCAGGCAGAGGGGGCUGACAAAACUGAAUUGCCAUAAUCAGCAUUUUGUUUGUGUUCUUUUUUUUUGUAUUUCUUUUAUAUAUAAAAAUAAAUAUACAAAUAAAAAGGGUUUAAUUUUUUUUA